AUGCAAGAUCCGCUAGAGCGGAUAGCGCCCAAUAAGGCUGAAGAACAGAGGGAUCAGAAUACGAAACGCAUGCCUCAUGAAGUGAGCACAAGCACACAAAAUGUGAACGAAGAAAGACGAGCAAGGGGGCCGAACGGCGCGGAGCUGAAGGCCAACAACAGGAACAAAAACGCUGAAAUGGCAGCAGCCAUCGACUCCAACGCAACAAAGGCACCAGCCACCCGUUCAAGGCACUCUCGUUCCUAUAUCGCUGCUCAGCAAGCGAAUGCAGCGAAGCGGGAGCGCGAAGAAUGGGAUCGAACUCGUGGUGCAGGAAGUAAUGUGCUGCUACGCUACGAAGAACAGUCUGCUAGACAGGCAAGUGCGACAGACGAAAACAGAUCGCCUGCUUCUUCUUCUUCCGCCGCUGGCCCUGGCUCUGACAUGCAUCAGGCGCGCCGGACAGCGGAAUACACAGCAGCAGAUGUGGUGCCGCCCAUUGAAGAGAUUCUGCAGCGCCCAACGCAGCCUGUAGAAGUAACAGGUAUGGACCGGCUUUUGGAUUGGGGACUGUGUGAAUAUACGAUUCUGCCCAAGACCCUGGGUCGCGGACGCUUCUCGACGGUCUAUUUGGCCAUGAAGAAUGGCGAGCGGUAUGCUAUUAAACACACCCCACUUUUCCCGCAUCACGAGCUGGUUGCUACACGUUUGUUACGUGAGCCUACACUUCUUGCGGAAAUACCACCGCAUCCAAACCUGGUCAGUGUGAUUGAAACUAUCCGUACGCCUGGCCACUUCUACCUUGUGGAAGAGUUCUUGGAUGGAUACGUGACACUAGAAGCUUUGAUUGGGCGUAUGAACAUAAAUACGCCAACAUCCUCCGCCCACAAGCUUCCCCACGAUGCGGCGGAGAAAGUCUUUGAACAGCUGGUGCUUGCACUCUAUGCAAUUCACAAACCCCUACGUGUAUGUCACCGAGAUGUAAAGCCAGAGAAUGUGCUUGUGCAUCCAGAAACGCUGCAGCUGAAACUGCUAGAUUUCGGGCUGGCCACCCACUUUAGCCGGAGCCAUGCGAAGCUUACGACGUGUUGCGGAAGCCCAGCGUUUCAUUGCCCGGAAAUCGUCACAGCGCUGUCCAAGCCACUUGGCAGCGUUUCGUAUUGGGGCCCUGAAGUGGAUGCAUGGACGUGUGGUGUGACGCUACUUCGCUGCCUCUCUGGCAUCCGAUACCCAUUGGGCACGUCGCACACGUCGCCUGCGUCGAUGGGUGCACGCGCAAAGCGAGUGCUCCAAACGCUUCCACCAUCGCAGCUGCUUAACGAUGUGGCAGCACUCCUGGAUCUGAAUCCAGAACGACGUAUGCGCUACUUUGAGCAGCUGGCUGAGCGUAUCCAGUCGAAGCCUGAGCACCAACAUUCUCGGCACCGACGUGAGCUAAAAUGCACAUCUUUCGUCCCUGCACCGCCACAGCAUGCUAUGGUGCUGCCGUUGGUGCUCACGAAUGAGGCGGCAGACUUGGCAUCGUCACAUGAUGAGCGCCUGCCGAUUGGGCCCGAUUUCUCUAUGAUCACUUUGCUGAACACGUCAUUGCAGCCGAGUCGGCGAGUGCUUUCGUUCAUCAAAUACUGCCUUCGGUGUGCGGGGAUUUUGUAUCAUACGUUAGCAGUCGCUGGCAAGUACGAUGAACCAGGCACGAUGCGCAUGCCGACAAAAGCUGUGCCAAAGAGCGAAGCGGUGCGUGCUUGUGCAUUCCAGUGUGUCAUUGAGCUUCUGCAGGAUGAGGAGCCUGGCACGCUGGCGCAAGUUAUGCAGACGAUCAAGUCCCUGUUUGGCCAGCGCACAACGACGGAGGAACUGGUCAAGCUUCCGGCGCGAGCUGUAAAUCCGAGGGCCAAGGACAUGUCGGAACCACCAAGCAGUGGUCCGUCGGGUAAGCAGGGUCCAUUGCGCAUGCUGGUGUUCUACAUGGUGGUGGCAUUUCCGAGCGGUACCGAGACGCCCAUGUUCCAGGAUCUAGAGCCGCCGGCGCCGGAGGUAAUUGCUGCGGCUCUACAGAACCGCCUCGCGCCCAUUACGAAGCAAACGUCUGCGUCGCCACGCCACAGCAUCCGGCGCCAGAGCGCAGAAGAGCCCAGUCUGUACAUUGAUACCCGAGUGGAACGAUUGCCACCAGCGCAGAUUGUAUCACCGUCGCCGCCAGCACGAGCGCGCUCACACACGCACUCCCGAGCGUCGUCACGCUCCCGGUCCAAGGCACCGAGUGCGAGGUCCAAUGCCGUGCAAGUUUAUGUGUCGGAUGCUCGUGCACUGCCAUAUGUACGCGGCGCCCUGAGCAACGGCGGCGUCCUGAAGCAAGAGUCACUUAGACGUGAGUCGGGCAAGAGCGACAGCAGCAUUAGUAGACACCGACACACCGCAGUAAACGCGAGCGACCGACACCCCGAAUGGCAAACGAAGGAUGUAAAGACGCUGCCGACAAGUCCAGCAAGUCUGUCGAGCCGCGCAAAAAGCAGCUCCGCUACGCCAGAGCAGCGUAGUGUUGAGAUUAUGGGCCCCCAUGAACUUGAUACCUCGCUGAAUGCCAUUGAAAGCACAUGCCGCUCCCUGCUUGUCCGUCGGAUGACACCUGGUCGCUCUGAUACCAACAACGAGCAUGCACACCAGCUGUACAUGCUCGUGCAUCGGCUGUACCGUCAAUUGCAGGUCUCACUUCAAAGCCAACACAAAGACGCGCUGCAGCGCCAAAUGGCCGAGUGCAAUUUCCGUGCUCUGGACGUGCUGGGCCCGACACUCGCGCUUGUCGGCGCGGACGAUGCGCCAACGAGUGCUGCCGACAUCGACGUACCUGAGACCACCAACAUCGGCAGCGUCGCACUGGCUGUGCUGGAGCUGUUUAGCUCGUGCAGCAGUGCGAAAGAAAUGUGCUUAGGUUUCCAGGAGCAGAUGGAGCGGCUCAGCCUUGCGUGGCGCUCCCGUGAGGAUGCACCGAAUGAAACGGACAUCGAUGCCGUCACUAUGCUAGCACGCGAUGCACCGAUGCUGAUUCAAGCUGUGUUGGGCCAGCUGCAGUGCCUCGCAGAUGUGCUGCCAGCGAUCCAGACACGCCGUCCAAGACCGCUGCUGGACUCGGUGCUGGGCCUCGUUUACCCAACGCUGUAUCGUGAUGUGUUGUGCGAGGCGCUUGAUAUGGUGCGUGAGCGUGACACACACGAAGAACUCGCGACGCAGGCAGCCGUGGUUCUGUGUGAGCUGAUGGUCAGUUUGCUUUCACAUGCUCGCAGCGUGGACGAAGCGGAGCGGCCGGACAUUGCCUGCGUGUUAGGGGAUGCGCUCUACGAACUGGUGCGCUUUCUGCCGCUUUCUACGAGUGUAGAAACUCUGACGAACGACAAGGCAGCCGCAUCAACAAGUCUGCCUGUGUCCGACCAUUCGGUGCAACGCACUGAGGCAGUGCCGCUGCUAGCCCAGCCAACAUUGAAUCUCGACACGGUUUCGCGCCGAGUGACUGUGUGGAACAUAGUGCGCAAGACCUAUGAGCAGCUCGACGCCGACAUUGGCACACGCGCGCUUGGCAUGCCGGACCUUUCGCGCACGGCUGUGGCACCGCUACCACAUCCACAUGCCCAGCGCAACUUUGUCUUGUUCGUGCAUCAGCUUGCAUACGAAGCGCUGAUGGUGCGUGUCAAGGGCCGUGUGCGUGAUCGGUUCCGUGCGGCAACACAGCGAAGCAGCACCAUGCCAUCGCCACAGCGCUGGAGUGCCGAGCUCGCACGCGAACUAUGCCACCGUUUUGCAAGUGUAUUGCCGAGCACACUUGUGCCUGGCUUGAGUCCACUGGACGUGCCAUCGCCACCGCGCACGAUGGCUUGCAUGCAGGACUGGUUCUUGUGUGAUGCGAUCGUGACAUUCCUGCGGUGGAUCGUGGAGGCUCUACCGAGCGAGACACGGCCGCGAGUCGUGCUCGACGAUGACAGCAUCACGUACUCGGCGCGUGCGCUUGCCAUGGUCGCCACGCAUUGUACGCAUGCGCGCCUUCGGCAAUGGGCGUUUGAGGUAGUGACACGUUUCGUGCGGGAUGCAAGCUCAGACGAUGUGACACUGCGACUUGUGCGUGAAUUCAUGUCGCCUACAACACCGCCGCCGCUGCGUGGUGCAAGCGUGCAUCUUGUGCGGGACAUUGUGUCCCGGCGCUUGGAGCGGCUUGAAAAGGCUCAGGUGCAAACGGAUGGUCUGGUGAGUGAUGGGCGCUUAUGGCGCAUAUGGAAUGACGGACUGUUUGUCAUGCCCAAGGCAAGGCCGAAUCCCCCGACUGAUGCGACAACACGGUCGGACACAAAGAUGACGGAGCUCGCUACGUACCUGCACCAGUACCAAACAUACUUGCAGGAGUGCUGCUCCCUCUUUUACUAUGUUGCUGUUCGUGAUGCCGCGCAUAACUACACGGGCUUCCGCGACGAACGUGAGUAUACUCGGUUGUAUGAGCGGUUUGUGCAACCACUCAAGCAGUGGACCUUGGCAUGGCAGUCGUAUAUCGCGCAGCACAUCCCGGAUGAUGUGACAGCAACGAACUUGGCUCUCCUGGCCAUGGCCAUUGCACGUAUUGAGGGAAGUCAGCUGAGAGACUAG